CUCGUGUUUGCGUGGUGUUUUGUUAACCAUUAGCUAAAUUCCAGCUGUUGUUGAAGUUUCCCUAGUGAUUGUUUGAGUUUAUUUCAGUGUCAAUACGAUGUUUUUCUUUGAUAACUGAUAAAAUUUGUUGAAUCAAUAUGUGAUAUAUUAUGUUGUGUUUUUACAACCGUUGUGUGCAAGCUAGUCGUAUCCAAUUGAUGUGAUUUCCUUUUUUGUGACAUCAGUGAUAUCAAUGGACUUUCGUUUAUGAUUUACAAAAAAUAUUCGUUGGAAACGGGUGAGCUAAUCAAUAACUACUUGGAUUUAAACUUUCACGAUUCAUAACCUGAUAUUACCUGCGGAGAUUAUAUACUGAGAAAUCACAGGGCGAUGGAGAACUCUGUGCUUCAGGGCCUUCUCAGCGAGUCCAUGUGUAAAAAACCCGUCCUCAUCAAGACAGAACCUAUCUCAGAUAAAUACACGGUCGAGACGAGGCCGUUUGCCAGGGGCAAGUUUGCGACUGUUCGCCGCUGCAAGCACAAAGAUUCUGGUAUCGAAUAUGCCGCCAAGUACAUGCGAAAACGCCGGAGAGCUUCUGACGUGCGGCACGAAAUUUUGCACGAAGCUCACGUCCUGGAGUUGAGCAUCCAGCACCCCCACAUCGUACAACUGCACGAAGUGUACGAAACGCCUUCUGAAAUAAUUCUCGUCCUUGAAUUGGUUCCCGGUGGCGAAUUGCAACGAGUGCUGGACGACGAGGAAGUUGUUCCCGAGAAAGAAGCCUCCCGUCUCUUGAGACAGAUCCUGUCCGGGGUCUGUUUCUUACACGAACACAAAAUAGCACACCUCGAUCUCAAGCCGCAAAAUUUGCUACUGACUAAACCGUUCCCAAAUUGUGAAGUUAAAUUAUGUGACUUUGGAAUAUCCAGACUCAUCACGAAAGGUAUUGAAAUAAGAGAAAUCGUAGGCACUCCUGACUAUGUGGCGCCGGAAGUACUCCACUACGAGCCUAUCAGCCUGCCCACCGACAUGUGGAGUAUUGGUAUUUUAACUUAUGUCCUGCUAUCUGGCCACUCUCCUUUCGGAGGAGACACGAAGCAAGAAACUUUUUGCAACAUCACGAGGGGGACCCUCGAGUUCCCAUCAGAUCUCUUUGGAACUGUGUCCAACAAUGCUAAAGAUUUCAUCCGAAGGCUCUUGGUCAGAGAACCGAGUGAACGUAUGUCAGCUAAAGAAUGCCUUAGCCAUCCUUGGUUGUAUGACGGAGAAGCCGCAGGAACUCCUCGUGCAGGAAUAUCACUUACUUUGUUGCCAUCCCCAGAGAAGAAAAACGCCGCAGAUUACGACUCGGACUCCUCUGUCAAUUCUCGCGAAGACACCUACUCUCCUCGCAGCAACUUCAGCCGUCUUUCAGACACAAACAAGUCCAACCAGAGCAAUGGUUUUCGCAAGAGCCUCUCUCCAAAACCAAAUGACAGCACACCUAAUGAAGAAAAGACUCCCAGCAGGAGUGUAGACAUGAUGGUUGCACAAUUUGAAGGACUGGCCAUGUCCAAACGAAUUGUGUUCUCCGAAGAAAUAAUUGUAGAUGAACGAGUAGGUAUGGUUUAUUAGCAAAGGGAUUGUGUUGGAACUACUUUUAACUUGAGGAAAUUAUCACAUUGAUGAACAUUACUUCAAAGGUGAAAUUGAAUCGACUAUCAUAGACUUUUAGCAAAAAUACAAUCACCUAACUUCGAUGAUAUUAGUUUUCUUGAGAAUCCGCCGUAUAUCAUCAUCAUGAAUUAAAGACAAAAAUUCAGAAGGUUGGAUUUCUGUGUUUAAUUUAGAUUUCGUCCUUAUGUCCUUGUUUUCAUCUCGUCUUUGUUUUGUUAUGAAUGCUUUUUAUGAAGCUCAAAAUUAUUCCUCAGUUAAUUCUUUUGGUUUGUUAUUCAAAAUUAGAACUUUGUUCAUGUGUUUAUUUUGGCUAAACUUUUCAAAAUUCCAUAAGUUUAUGUCCUUUACUCGUUAAACAACUUCAUUUUUUGGCACCUUUUUCAACCUAUUAAUAAUCGUUUGGCGCAGUAUAGCCUAUUAAGGCUCUUGUGUUGAAAAAUCCUAUCGAACCAACCAACCAUCGUCAUGAAACGUUUCAUUUUGUUGAUUUUUUGAUAUGAAAUGUAAUACUAAAAUAGAAUCAAGUGUUGGAGAUACAUUGUGAAACUACAUAUCAUAUUCUUAUGAACUUUUUAUGGCAUGUAUGUCAAAAUUCAAUAAAUAGAUUAUAUUUUAAAAAAUAUUUAUAUUGUUGCUAAAUAUUUCAAUUUUAGGAAUAAAAAACUUUUGCAAUUGUCAAAUAAUGAAUGUUUUAAAGUAAUUUAAUUAGCAAUUCAUUUUUUAAUGAUUUUGGAUGCUUUCAAAUACUGUGAAGUAUUUAUUACAUAAAAUGAACAUUCACAGGUACGUGUAUUUUUUAUUACAUACAUACCUCCUCAAAUUGGCAAAAGAAGUUAGAUUGCAACGUGUUUUGAUUUAUCAAUUAUCCCCCCCCCCCGGUGAUUUUUUCCCAAGUUCGUUUUUCAUUACUCAUUGAAUGAACUAUAAAACCACAUCAUAUCAUAAUUGUUCCAAUAUUUUUUCAUUGCCAUAAUUACAUGAACUAAUAUUUGAGGUGCUAAAAUCAAAGUCAUUGUGAAACAAUCCACAUUGAUCAUGCUCUUCAGUACUUGAACUUAUGCACUUGGCUCUAGAACUAUGAUACUGAACAGAAGACUUUGCCAUGUCCUCAGGAUUAACUCUUUUGAAAAAAAAAAAAAAGGCUUUAUCUACUAUGUUGGUUUAAUCCUGCUGUUCAUAACAGAACGUCAUUCAGCCAAAAUGUUGAAUGUUGCACAUCUGUAUCGAAAACAAACUUUGGGGCUCAUUUAACUCUUUUUUUUUGACCGAAUUCCAUCAACCAAUAUCAUAACUAGAAAUUUCCUUCUGGGUGGGGCAAAGGCAGAGCUAUUGUAGACACAAUUGAUUAUUGAUCCGAUUCAAUCAAAUUCGGUUUGAGUUGAAUGAGCCCCUUUUAAUGUGUUCCUUGCAAGUAAAAUUUGCGUCGAUAUUGAGAUUAUUAGUAUAAGGCCAUGCAGUUAAGGACAAAAACUGCAUUAGGCUGCCAAAAUUUAUGAACUUUGUCGUUGAUCAAGAAAUUAGAAGACGAGGAAAUUUGGUGUGAUAGAAUACUUUGUGAUAGCUUUAUAAGUUGAUUUCAUGAUAUUUUGCUUUUCAUAAAAUUUCAAGUAAAAAUAUGAAAGGUGUUAUAAUGAUUGUUGCAUUUGCAAUUUGCAUUCAAUAAUAUUAUGCAUUUCUGUUGAACUGCUUUGAGUUUUGAAUUAUGUGAAAAAAAAAAAAGAUGUAUUUUAAGUUUUAUCAAUGUGAUAUUAUCAAAAUGUUGCAUUAGUUCUCGUAUUUCAGUAAUUAUUUAACCUAACGAAGUCUAAUCAAUACUAAUAUUUAAAAUUGAAUAAUAAAAUAUUUCAAUAGAUUUUAUCAUUGUAGUACUUUUAAUGUUCAAAUUUUUUAAAGUGGAUAUUUUUGCAGCCGUAAAAUUUUGAAUGCUACAAAAAAAAUUUGUACACAAUUUUAUUUAAUAUGUAAACGCUAAUUGGUACUAUGCAAAUUCAUCAACACUAAAAAUUCAACAUAUAGUUUUAUUUCUGAUUUGGUGUGACAUAAAGUUUGGAGUAUUAUAAAAUGCUACAUGUAAAAAGUUGUAUAAAUUUUGUUUUGUUAUUUCUUUAUUUAUUUUUUGUUCAUUUGGUGAUUUUUUUAAAAAAUCAAUUUGUAAAAAGUAUUUGUUGUAUAAAAUAUUAUUGAAAUACUUUUUAUUAAUAUUAGGUUUAAAAUCUAAUGUUUCAUAUUUAUUUCUGUUGUUACACACAAUUCUUGUUUAUUAUUAACGCUUGGAGCAUCCAUUUUAAAUCCAAGUAGUAUCUGAAUUUAUAAAGCAAAAUUUAAAUGAUUUUGAUUAUUUCAUAAAAGAUAACAUUCAAUUGUGCUAACAUAUAAAUACAGUCAAACCCCAUUUACACGAAUACCUCUAACGAAAAAUAAAUGUCAUUCCCCAUCAGAUAAAACUAAAAAUUAGUGCAAAUUUAAUUGUUUAAGACGAAGGUGAUUUGAAUGAAUCUCGCUUAACACGAAAAACCAAUUUUUAAGGUCAAAAAAGUAAAUAAAUAAGUAUAUAAAAAAAAAAGAACUAGAAACAGAAAUAAACAACAACACCAUCCUUUAACAUGGAAACUUCCUUUCUACCUUUGAACAGUUGAAAGACCUACACUUUAAUGCUAACUAGUCUCUAAGCGGUAUGCAUUCAGUUUCUGUUUAUCAAACGUGACGCAGAAAAUUCCUUCAAUUUUUAGGUUUUGUUUAUUACUAGUUAUAUUAUAGAAUCUAAGUUUUGUACUUAAAACAUAAAUACUUGUGUGUGCUUUUCUGAGUAAAUAUACUUUGGUUGUUUUAUUUUCUGCAUAACAGAAACAAAAAUUUUAGUAUGUAUACUCAAAAUUCGAUAAACGUCAAAAUCGGUUAACAUGUAGAAUUUUGACGUUCCUAUCAAAUUUGCAUUAACGAGGUUUGAUUGUAAGAAUUAUUUUAGUUUGUUCAUUAGUAACUGUUUUAAAACAAAAAAGUUGCAGAGAGAUGAACUUGAAAAGACUGAGCAUUAUUGUAUGUUGCAUUUUCAGAACAACAAAAAAUUGUAUGAGUUUUAGUAUGUUUUUGCUUUAAAUUCAAUCCAUAUUUAAUACUAACUCUCCAUACGAUAUCAUAUAAAAUAAUGAGAUCUAUUUUACAUAACAAAAUAGUGAUUUGUCAUUCAUUAUAAUAACUUCUUCCAGCAACAGGUGCCUUUUAAACUGUAAAUGUAAUAACUUAUCAUGGUGCCUACUUUCAUACCUUGCAAUUUGCUUUCCUUCAUUUUAGUGUAACCCUACAUUAAAAAUGAAUGUACAACAAGAUGUGUUACAUAAUUUAAACAGUCUCGUUUAAAAAACUAGACAUAUUUUGUAAAUAAAGUUA